UUAAAAUUGACAGACUCUUGAAGAGACAUGCAUUGCUUGCACAGUGGAAAAGCUUGAUGUUUAAUUUACUCAUCGAUUAACAAUAAAGUAUUACAAGUGAGAAGAAGUAUUGUAUUGCUGCACUCAACAACAUUAGGCGAAAUUCAGCAUGCAUUGUAACUCUCUUGUUUGAGCGACCAAAUUCUAUCAUUGCAAAGUUUUGUAUGUUUUUGUUUUCAUACACUGUUAUCGCGCAUGCACAUUUACUUGAGUGAUUUCUAUUUAAAUGGUGACAUUCAUGGAAUAUACAAAUGAAACACAUUUUAUUAAUAACAAUUUUACAAUCAGCGAUAGCGAAUAUAGAAAUUCGAAGGCGAGAAGUAUGUCUUUCCUGUGAUAUCUUACAACAAUGUGAACAAGUAGUAUGCAAUAAUGUAUUAAUAAAUGGAACAUUUAUCCCAGACUACGUAAUUGGAUGUGAACUAGCUUGCCUUUUUGGAAAUAUAUCCUGUCAAAAAGAUAAUAAUGGUACACUUACUUGGCUACCAGAAGAUCCAUGUUUACCUUUAAUUAGUACAACAACUUCAGAACCAAAUAAUUCAUUGGCGACAACUACUUACUUUCCGUUUCACGCUGACACACCACAAAUUAACACAACUACUGAUCUAGGUGUCUUAAAUACAACCAUCAUUGAAAUAAACGAAACGGAUAGUGAUUAUGUGAGCACAGAAUCGCCAAGUUAUACCACUGAAGAUAUAAACUAUUUAAAAGGAUGGACAUUAUUCUGGCUUAUUCCUUUGGUACUAAUUAUUACAAUUCCUAUAUUGUUACUCUUUUGUUUGGUUUUAAAUCAUUUUCAAAGGCGUAAACAUCGAGUAGAAUUUCCACUGUCUGAAAAACACAUUUUUGAUAUAAUUGAUCCUUCUACAUCUUCUUGGGGAAAUUUCUCCCAUCCAUAUAAAACAGGGACUCCAAUUGGACAAAAUGGAUAUUAUCGUCAAAAUAGAAAUACUAUUUUUGAAGCAUAUGAUUCACCAAACAAAACAGAUAGAAUUCUUACUAAUUUACACAAAAUAUCAUCACCGAUAUAUACCAAGUUGAAAUUCACUAACAGAAAAUCAAUAUCACCAUGUCCGAAUAGAAGACUUAUAAAUUGGCAAGAAUCAGGUACUUAUGAAUUUGCUAUUCCACCAAGUCCUAAAUCUGCUUCAUCAAUGAAUAUUAGUAAAACGCCGCCGAAUUAUUCUCCAAAAAAAGAAAGAAAUUAUUCACGAAUUCCAUACAAUUUAAACAAUUCUACAUCACAAAUUUUCUCAGGAUCUCCAACUAUUCAUAUAAGAUAUCCUGAAGAAAUGAGAUCAAUUAGUCAAUAUAAUAUAUUAAAUCCUCAAAAAUCAAAUGUACAAGAUAUAUUAUUACCUGAUUAUUACAUUCAAGAUGGUCGAACUACAACAACAUUCAAUCGUCAUGAUAAUCAUUUACAACGGCCAAAAUUAUCUGAUGAUGAUAAUCAAAUCUAUCAAACAGAAGCAUUAAUCAAUUGUGAUGAUAAUGAAUUCAAUAAUGAAGAUACAUUUGAUCAAAUAUCAUCAAUUACUAUGCAACCAACUACUAUUCAACAACCAAUAUCAAAUGUAUCAUUUAAUCAACCUUUUAAUGCAUUUAUUGACUGUGAAAGUCAACAACAAAUAGACCAACUAGAUAUGUAUCAUUCACAAUACAAUGAUUGGACAUUAGAUAAAACAACUAUUCCACGAAUACCUCGUAUUUAAAAUAUUGAAAGCCUUUUUAGAUUUCAUUAUUUUUAACUGUAAUUUUCUUUUUUCUUUUUUUUUUGAUGUUUCACUAUAUGAAGAUCAUGGUAUAUGCAUUGAAUGGAUCAAGGUAAUGAAGUAAAUAAACCGUUUCUUUACAAUCUCUUCUUCUAUUAUUCAAGUAAUUUAUGCGUAUUCUGUAAGUAGAAACAACAAUAUUGGACAAUCAUACAUAUGAAAGAAUAAACAGUAACAAACUAUGUAUAUUGAUAACUUAGGUAAAGAUUUACUUUCAAUAAGAUUUUUUUCUGUUUUUCUCUCAUUGUCGAUUGUUUUAUUACAUUUAAAGUAUUUCGAAGCAAAGCGGUGUCAUUUCUUUGAUUUCUUUAGUAUUUUGAUAAUUCAUUCGGAUGUUUUAAUCUAUAUAGAUAUACUAAUGAUAAUCUUUAUUUCUCAAAGAAAAGUCCUUCUAUUUGAAUAAAUGAUAAAUUGCAAUGAAUAAUUAUUUAUAGACUGAAUAUUAUUCUAGAUUAUUUCUUUUUAUUACGAAUUAAUUAAACCAAACUAUACCGUAUUUGACUACUGUUUAUAAAACUCUAUAACGUUAUGAAUUCAUCAGUAACAACAUAUUUUAUUGGUUAUGUACUUGAAUGACCGACCGUUUACUAUAGGACCAGUUGAAUUGACGAGUUAGCUUGUUGACUUAUUUUGGUUAAUUGUUUUAAGAAUCAGUAACUUAUUUAUCGAAUGAGUCAGUGAUAGUAAAUAAUGAUUGUAUAAUAUCAACAACUCCUCCUGAAGCCCCAGUUGGGUCACUGCCGAUCUCAACCACAGUUAAAGGAAAAGGGUUGGGAAUAGGGGAAACGACUACAUCCUGUAGAAACCUUACUCACCAAAAAAACGCUAAACGGAAAAAAUAAUUCAAACCAUUAAAAAUCUCUGUUCUGAGAGUUAGGUCUUCAUUUAGAAGAGUUAUGAGGCCUCAUGAUGAAAGCCGGGUUCCUUCGAAAGUCAACAGGCCGAUACCCCUUCUGACAACCGGAGCAACAACUUUUAUAGGUACAUGGAAUGUCCGGACAAUGAGGUAGACCGGAAGAGUCUUCCAAAUUACUGCAGAAAUGAG